CAUGAUCAUAAGUAUCAAAUACUAUCUCAACACUUUCGUUCUGUCUCUAUUUCAAAUCUCUUGCUCCCUGAUCUGAACGAAGAAAGGAAAAAAAAGGAGCGAUCUUUUCUCGAUCUAAACAAUUGGGUUCAUUUUUGAGGUUUGAUCCAAUGACGGCUGAGACCGGAGAGCGCAACGGUAAGAUCAAUGGAUCGACGGUUGAUUCCGAGGCGAAGAGAGAUAUGAAGGAUGAGGGCAAUGGAGGGGAGGUCGGUGGAUCUUUUGUGAUUGUGAACGGAGAUUCCAGCGACCACUCCGAUAGAGAUCUCGACGCCGAGGGAAAGAAGUUGGAUCCGAAGUCGAAGGAGGAAAGUAGGGCAAACGAGGAGGAUUUAGUCAAUGGUGAUGAAAAAUUGAGUGAAGAGAACGGAUCAGGAUCUGAUAUCAAAGUAGAAGAAGGUAGGGAAAUAGAAACGGAAGAAAAAUUGGAUUUUGAUGCGCAAUUAGCGCCGGAGGAGGUCGAGGGCGAUAAUGUGAAGGAGUUAGAGAUUGGAAAGGAAGAAACUUUGGAAGCUGUAACCGGAGAAGAAGAAAAUUCCGACGCCCAGUUAGAGGGAGUGGAAGUCGAGGGUGAUGAUAUUAAGGAACAAGAGAUUGGAAAGGAGGAAACUUUGGUAUUUGGUUCUGGGUCAGAGGUCAAAAUUGUGCAUGAGGAGGAGGAAAAAGAUGCAAAUGAUGAGACUGUGGUUCAAAAGGAUUUAGGAUCAAUAGUAGAGCCCGAAACUGUUAUAACAGAGACCGGUCGCUUAGAGGAAUCAACGUCAGCUUCUCCAGUGGAAGAAGAGGAGAAGCCCGUGUCUGACGAAGAUGUUGAAGAAGGGCAGAAGACUGUGCACAUGGUUGGAGAAACUGAAAAUUCAGCAGAAAUAGAUUCUGCUGUUGAAGCUGAGCCAAAACCGGGGACUCCCACUGUCGUUGAGGAGACUGACAAUUCAGUAGAAGUAGAACCAGAACAGGAACCGGACAUUGUGGUUGAAGACACCGAGAAUUCAGUAGAAGUAGAACAGGAAAAGGAGCCCGGCGUUGUGGUUGAAGAGGCUGAAAAAUUAGCGGCACCAGAAUCAGCUGUUAUUGAAGUGGAACUGGAUAAGGAGCCAAACACAGGGGUUGAAGACAGUGAAACUGUAGCAGAUUUAGGAUCGGCUGUUGAAGUUGAACUGAAGCAGGGUAUGGGUAUGGUGGUUGAAGAGAUGGACAAAUCUGAAGUAGAAAAGAAGGACGAUAAUGUUGUGGUUGAAGAGAACAAUAGCCAAGAUGAAACUGGAUCAGCUGUUGAAGUGGAACCUGCACAGGAGCCUGAGACCGUGCCAGAAGCGGCUGAUAAAGUUGAAGCAGAAGAAGAGACAAAGGAGCCCGAGGAAGUGGUUGCAGUAAGUCCAUCAUAUAAGCAUAUUCUUCUUAGGGUAUCACCGAUACAAAAUGCUGAUGUCAACGCACCUAGAAAUGAAUCUUCAGGUCAGGUUGACGCAGAAACCAGCGGCGUGAAGGAUGAGUUAAAUGAUGAAACUAGAAAUAUUAAUUUAGAGGGGUCUGACAUCCUCCAUGUUGCUCAGAAUGAACUGGUUGAAGAAGUUAGUAGUUCCAAUGAUGAUGUGCAGCUGGAAGUUAGCUACGGAGACAUUGUUCCAUCAGAAUCCACAAUUGAUACUUCCAGUGAAGUUAUCGAGCCUCGCUCAUCUGGUUCUGUACCUUCUGCAGAUCGAGAUGUACAAGCUGAAGAACUUUGUCCCAACAAAGAUACGGAGGCAGAAACAAAGGAUUCCAUUACAGAUGUUGAAACAAAUGAAGAUGUAGCCGCUGAAAGACUGAAAGUAGAAUCUGAGAGUGUACCUGAAUCUGAUGAAGGUAGUGAAUCUGUGGUCAGUACUAUUGAAGGGGACCAAUCAACAAGUAAGGAUGAUGAAGAAGAACCUAGCCAUGAGCAAUCUCAAGUUGCCGAAACGAUUCAAGCUCCUCCUGAGACCCGUGUUGUGAAACGACAUCGAGUCUAUAUGAUUAAAGUCCCUAGGUUCAUUGAUGAUGAACUCCAGAAGAAAAUUUUGGAUGCUAGCAAAAUAGUAGAAGAGAAAACCAACAUCAGAGAUUCCAUUGGCAAAGAUAUUCAAAAGAAAAUGGGUGAUGUGCGAAAAAGCUCAUUAAAUUACCAUGCUGUACUGGCUGAAGAGAAGAGCGUACGAGGCUCAAUAAAUGCCAUACGCCAAAAAAUGGAGAGAGUUCAGGAGUCAAUCAACAGGAUAAAUAAUGCAAAUUCAAUAGCGGACCUUGAUGAAAAGAUACGUCAAAUGGUCCAUAGGCAGCAGCAUGAGACCAUGUCAUUGAAACAAGAAAAGCAAUAUAUAAGUGACAUAAAACAGAUGAAGCGCCUUCGCGAACAACUUUCUUUAAGAAAGGCCCCGCAGGAACAAAUUGAGGAGGCACUCAACCAAAGAGAUGAGAUUGAAACACAAUUUAAGGAUUUGAAGAAACAAUUAGAUUCACAAAGGGCUGCUUUAUUGUCAGCUGAAAGCAAAACAAAAUCUGCACGAAAAGAAUAUGGGGAUGAAGAUCAAUGCUUAAAGAAGUUGAAGGAAAAGUAUAAUGUAGCUGAUGGGGUUAGGCAAGAAGCAUAUCUAGAAUUGAGAAAACUCAGAAACCAAGCCACUGAGAAGGCCAGACAUUUUAAAAUGUUCAAGGCUGACGAGUUGGCUGCAAAAAACUACAUGUUUUCUGGAGAUAACCAGGGGCUCCGGUCUCAUUGCAACAAACAGGUGGAAAACAUUAUGAACCUCUGGAACAAUAAUGUUGAAUUCCGAGAACAAUAUGUGAAAUCCAACUUCAACAGUACAGUGAGGAGAUUGGAAACUGCAGAUGGAAGAGCACUUGGCCCUGGUGAAAAGGCACCCAUCCUUCAAUCUUAUGCAGAUAAAAGAUCAAAUAUCGUUUCCGCGCCUUCAUCAAGUAUAGAAACUUCUGCUCCUGUUUCAGAGUCAGAAGUUAGACAAGGAAACUUGACUGAACCUUCAGCAAUCAAACAAGCGCUGAGAAAAGAUCUGUCAACUAAGUCUAUAUCUUCUACUAAGUCAGAAGGCAGUGUGCCAACAGUCUCUAGCAGUGAAGAAUCGAAGGAAGAAGAGAAAAAUAAUAAGCUGACAAAAGAGGAAGAGGAGUUAGCAAGAAAAGCAGAGGAGUUGGCUAGAAAAGAAGCGGAAUUGAGAAAGGAGAAGGCUGCAAAGGAAGAGGAACUGAGAAAACAGAAGGCUCUUGCUGAGAAGAAAGAACAGUUAAAACUAGAACAGAAAGCCAAAGCCAAGGAGGCUGAGGAAAGAAAGAGGCGGAAAGCUGAGAAGGCACAGGCAAAAGCUGAAUACAGAGCAAAAAAGGAAGCCGAGCUCAAAGAACAGAAAAAAGCGAAGAAGAACAAAAAAUCGAGCACUACAGACACAACCAAUGUAAUCACUGAAAGGGAAACUACUCCCGAUCCUGAAACAACUACUACAUCAGAAAACUUUCAAGAACCUGAAUCCUCUUCUGUUGCUGCUUCAAGAAAGAGAUCUUCCAAGCCAGUUUCAUCGACGAGGCAAUUUAACAAAGUGCAAGCUCCAGUUCCUUUGCCUCUUCGCAACAGAAGCAAGAGAAAGAUGAAGACAUGGAUGUGGGUAUCACUCGCUGUUCUCCUUGUGCUCGCCCUCUUCGUCGCUGGAAAUUAUAUCUCCUUUUCUACGUCUAGCCUACCAAGCUUCAAUAUCUAAUCGUAUACAUAUAUUUAAUCGACAUAUGUUAGAUGUUUGGUCUAUAGCGGAUAGGAGAUUAGUGUCAUUUUUUUGAGGAUUGCUCUUUAGGUAUUAUCUCCUAUAUUUGGUUUGUUCUUCAUUUCUAUAGUAUGCUCCUCGUGGUUUGAAAUUACAUUUCAGAGGCAUAUUUAUACCAUUAUGAUUUUAUUUAUACCAGCUUAUUAAAUUGGUUGCUUAUGAGUGUAAUAACGUUAAUGGGAGGGUUUUGUUCCCAUUUGCUCUUGUGGUUAAUAAUGGUGGUUUGCGUUGUUA